ACCAUCCCCAGUCACCCAUGCCCUCUCACCAGCCUCCUGCCCAAUUAGCCAUUAAUUGGGGCCAGCGGAGUGCUGGGUUCUACGCUGCCCAGCGUCGAGUAGGGGGCACCUACAUGUAGGCAGAUCUGCAGGACGCUGUGAGAGAGCAGAUGAGAAAAUGGCUGAUUCUGUCUGGUGGUGACAGGGCAGGCUUCCUGGAGGAGGUGACAUUUUACUUUCCUUAAAGGAGCAGUAGGGCUUGGCUAGGCAGGCAAGGCAGAGCCUGGCAUGUGCAAGGCCUCAGGUGACAGGAGAUGGGAGCUUGGGGAGCCCCAGGAGGACAUGGUUUGUCUAGAAGGCGUGUGGGGGAGACCUGAAGUGCUGACUCCUGGGAGGUGUGAUCAGCUCUGGAUUCCAGAAAGAUCGCGCCUCCUUGGUGGCCUUAACUGCAGCCCGGUGGCCCCAGCCUCCUUCCGCUGCUGCCUCCCUUCCGCCUCGGUGCGGUUUCCCAGGGCAGAGCCCUCCCGAUGCCCUCUCACUGCACCUGCUCCCGGGGAGGUCCAGCUGGGGAGCUUUCUGUGCAGAGGCCCCAGGUGAGGCUGUUGCUUGGAGCUGUCCCCAGAGUGGGCGCGGGACUCGGGGUGCUGGCCAUGGCUUCACCCGAGAGGUGUCCUCGUGUGGCUGCCUGGGCUCCUUGGAGCCAACCCUGCUCAGCGCCCACAAUCAGGGCCUCAGUGUACACGGCCGGGCGGUCUGCUCCUGCCUGCGGGGUCAGGCCUCCUUGGCACUUUGGGAUGGAAGGAAGUGCAGCUGAUGCUGUUGGUCUAGCCUGAAAGAAGCAGGAAACGUCCCAGGCCCAGCUCUGCCUCAAGAUUUCUCCUUGGCGCCCCCUCCACACCCAGCAUUCCGCUCACCUGUGCUAUAAGGGCCCCAGCAGCCAAAGUCCCCGCUCUGGCCGAGAGCACCCAGGAAGCUGCCCUGCUUGACCUGGAACCGUCGUCUGUCCGUCCAUCCACCUGUCCAUAGAGUUUGACCCUGGCAGCGUCUGUACAGCGAGGAGAGGACAAGAACAUGCUCUGAAGACCUUCGCGACAAGACCGGGAAUCCGUGGGCCGAGCCCAGACCUUGAAGCCCUCCUGCUUCCCGCCCACCAUGGCCUCCGCCGGCAAGAAUGGCGGGAGCGUCUCCUCUGUGUCCAGCAGUCGCCUGCAGAGCCGGAAGCCACCCAACCUGUCCAUUACCAUCCCGCCACCUGAGAAAGAGGCCCAGGCCCCUGGGGAGCAGGACAGCAUGCUGCCUGAGAGGCCCAAGAACCCGGCCUACUUGAAGAGCAUCAGCCUCCAGGAGCCGCGGACACGAUGGCAGGAGAGCAGCUCAGAGAAGCACCCCGGCUUCCGCCGCCAGGCCUCCCUGUCCCAGAGCAUCCGCAAGGGCACGGCCCAGUGGUUCGGGGUCAGCGGCGACUGGGAGGGGAAGCGACAGCACUGGCAGCGCCGCAGCCUGCACCACUGCAGCGUGCGCUACGGCCGCCUGAAGGCCUCGUGCCAGAGGGACCUGGAGCUGCUCAGCCAGGAGGUGCCGUCCUUCCAGGGCACCGAGUCCCCCAAACCCUGCAAGAUGCCCAAGAUUGUGGACCCGCUGGCCCGGGGCCGGGCGUUCCGCCACCCGGACGAGGCGGACCGGCCCCAUGCCCCGCACCCGCCGCUGACCCCCGGGGUCCUGUCCCUCACCUCCUUCACCAGCGUCCGCUCUGGCUACUCUCACCUGCCGCGCCGCAAGAGGAUAUCUGUGGCCCACAUGAGCUUUCAAGCUGCCGCUGCCCUUCUCAAAGGGCGCUCGGUGCUGGAUGCCACCGGACAGCGGUGCCGGGUGAUCAAACGCAGCUUCGCCUACCCCAGCUUCCUGGAGGAGGACGCGGUCGAUGGGGCAGACACAUUUGACUCCUCAUUUUUUAGUAAGGAAGAAAUGAGCUCCAUGCCUGAUGACGUGUUCGAGUCUCCCCCACUCUCUGCCAGCUACUUCCGAGGGAUUCCUCACUCAGCCUCCCCUGUCUCCUCAGAUGGGGUGCAAGUCCCCCUGAAGGAGAGUGGCCGAGCCUCGGUGCCCACGACCAGGCGCGGCAAGCGCAUCGCCUCCACGGUGAAGCACUUUGCCUUUGACCGCAAGAAGCGGCACUACGGCCUGGGCGUGGUGGGCAACUGGCUGAACCGCAGCUACCGCCGCAGCAUCAGCAGCACCGUGCAGCGCCAGCUGGAGAGCUUCGACAGCCACCGGCCCUACUUCACCUACUGGCUCACCUUCGUCCACAUCAUCAUCACGCUGCUGGUGAUUUGCACCUAUGGCAUCGCGCCUGUGGGCUUUGCCCAACAUGUCACCACUCAGCUGGUGCUGAGGAACAAAGGCGUGUACGAGAGCGUGAAGUACAUCCAGCAGGAGAACUUCUGGGUCGGCCCCAGCUCGAUUGACCUGAUCCACUUGGGAGCCAAGUUCUCGCCUUGCAUCCGGAAGGACCAGCAGAUCCAGCAGCUGGUGCUUCGGGAGCAAGACUUGGAGCGGGACUCGGGCUGCUGUGUCCAGAACGACCACUCGGGCUGCAUCCAGACCCAGCGCAAGGACUGCUCGGAGACUCUGGCCACUUUCGUUAAGUGGCAGGAUGAUACCGGGCCCCCCAUGGACAAGUCCGAUCUGGGCCAGAAGCGGACAUCGGGGGCUGUGUGCCACCAGGACCCCAGGACCUGCGAGGAGCCCGCCUCCAGUGGUGCCCACAUCUGGCCCGAUGACAUCACCAAGUGGCCGAUCUGCACAGAGCAGGCCAAGAGCAACCACACGGGCUUCCUGCACAUGGACUGUGAGAUCAAGGGCCGCCCCUGCUGCAUCGGCACCAAGGGCAGCUGUGAGAUCACCACCCGAGAAUACUGUGAGUUCAUGCACGGCUAUUUCCAUGAGGAAGCAACGCUCUGCUCCCAGGUGCACUGCUUGGACGAAGUGUGUGGGCUGUUGCCCUUCCUCAACCCCGAGGUUCCUGAUCAGUUCUACAGGCUCUGGCUCUCUCUGUUCCUGCAUGCUGGCGUGGUGCACUGCUUUGUGUCCGUGGUCUUUCAAAUGACCAUCCUGCGGGACCUGGAGAAGCUGGCCGGCUGGCACCGUAUCGCCAUCAUCUUCAUCCUCAGUGGCAUCACCGGCAACCUCGCCAGUGCCAUCUUCCUCCCAUACCGGGCAGAGGUGGGCCCGGCCGGCUCGCAGUUCGGCCUCCUCGCCUGCCUCUUCGUGGAGCUCUUCCAGAGCUGGCAGCUGCUGGAGCGGCCCUGGAAGGCCUUCCUCAACCUCUCGGGCAUCGUGCUCUUCCUAUUCGUCUGCGGGCUCCUGCCCUGGAUCGACAACAUCGCCCACAUCUUCGGCUUCCUCAGCGGCCUGCUGCUGGCCUUCGCCUUCCUGCCCUACAUCACCUUCGGCACCAGUGACAAGUACCGCAAGCGAGCCCUCAUCCUGGUGUCCCUGCUGGCCUUCGCCGGCCUCUUCGCCUCCCUCGUGCUCUGGCUCUACAUCUACCCGAUUAACUGGCCCUGGGUCGAGUUCCUCACCUGCUUCCCCUUCACCAGCCGCUUCUGCGAGAAGUACGAGCUGGACCAGGUGCUGCAUUGACCGCCGGCCGGGCCCGGCUGCCACCCCUAGAGCACUGACAACGCAGGGUCUGUGCCUGCAAUGGCUGCCCGCCCGCAGGGCACCCUGCCCCGCACACCAAAGGCCCACGGACGGGGGCCUGGGCUCUGGACCCGGGUGUCCUCCUGCCAAGCAAGGCUGACUCUGCGUGAGAUGGCCAAUAAAAGCGGGUUCCUUGGGGGAGUGAGGUCUGUGGGUUCC